GUUGUUAUGGCGACACGGUUUCCCUUUCCGCCUAGAUCCCGGAUAUUUGUGUAGGUAAAAAAAUUAAAAAAAAAACACGGGAGGAGCUGCUGGGGGAGAAGAACCGACCAUCGCUGUCACACGUUACACCGGCGGAGAGAACACAUGAUGACUUCAGAAGCCUUGUCAGAUCUGCAGGACGACUUGGAAAGAGAUGAAGCAACUCACUCCCUUGGGCAGCUGAAGCUGGCGUCCCUCGACGAUCGCAACUGGCCUUCUGAUGAUGUGCAGGACCUCCCCAAAUCAGAGGAUACCAAGGCCUCUCCUGACCCCCUCACCCACCUGCGCUGGGACGACCCUUACUAUGACAUCGCCAGACACCAGAUCGUGGAAGUGGCCGGCGACGACAAAUUUGGACGCAAGAUUGUGGUGUUCAGCGCCUGCCGCCUUCCUCCCUGUCACCAGCUCGAUCACGUCAAACUCCUACAGUAUCUGAAGCACACCUUGGACCAGUAUGUGGAGAGCGACUACACAUUGGUUUACCUGCACCACGGCCUGACCAGUGAUAACAAGCCGUCUUUGGGCUGGCUGAGAGAUGCCUAUAGAGAGUUUGAUCGCAAAUAUAAAAAGAACAUCAAGGCCUUAUACAUCGUGCAUCCUACAAUGUUCAUCAAAACCUUACUGAUCCUGUUCAAACCUAUAAUAAGCUUCAAGUUUGGCCGGAAGAUUUUCUACGCAGAUUAUCUGAGUCAAUUGGAGGAAAUUGUGAAGUUGGAUCAGCUGGGGAUCCCCAAGCCAGUGCUCAAAUACGACGAGCACAUCCGCUCUGCACUGAAGACCGUACCGUCCAGUCAGAAAACCACUCCACCUCGGCCUCCGCUACCAAACCAGCAGUUCGGGAUCUCCCUUCAGCAGCUUAAAGACAAGCGCUCCGACAGCCAUCAGAAGAUUCCUCAAGUUGUACAAGAGACCGUGACUUAUCUGAGGCAGAAUGCUCUAAGCACCGAGGGGAUAUUUCGGAGGUCGGCCAGCACUCAGGUGGUACGAGAAGUUCAACAGAAAUACAAUAUUGGGACACCUGUCGACUUCCAGCAGUAUGAUGAUGUCCACCUGACCGCAGUCAUCCUCAAGACCUUCCUCCGGGAGCUCCCCGAGCCGCUACUAACAUUCAACCUCUACAAUUACGUUGUUGGAUUUUCCAGCAUAGAGGCAGAGAAGAAGGUAGAAUCUAGUAGAGCGACUCUCCAGACCUUGCCUGAAGAGAACUAUGAGGUUCUCCGGUUCCUCGUUGGUUUUCUAGUUGAGGUGUCCGCUCGGAGCGAUGAGAAUAAGAUGACAAAUACCAACCUGGCCGUGGUGUUCGGCCCAAACCUCCUUUGGGCGAAAGAUGUGGCCAUGACCCUCAAAGCCAUCAAUCCCAUCAACACCUUCACAAAGUUCCUGCUAGACAACCAGAAGGAGCUCUUUGAGGACAUUCACUUGUAAAUCAGAAUGUUCUCCGCGCGACACUCCGCCACUGCCAGCCCAGCGCUGCACAGCCACCUCUGCCGCAUCACUGUUCCGUCCUGUAGUGUGUAUGUGUGUGUAUGUUGGUACUUCUGUAUGACACGUUGGAGCUGGCAUCUCCAAUGUAGCUUGCAGCAGCACAAGGACACUCCGGGCACAAAGCCAUCCAUGUGUCUACCCGCAUCUUGGCGACAGCUGAUGCCUCUGGGAGGCAAAGAAGCACUACUUUCCCUUGUGAUAGUUGUGGUAAUGUUGGGCGUGAGGUGGUGUAUAGUCUUCUUAUAACGGAUUGAGGGAAUUUUACUAUAUUAUCUCUUAUCUCCAUUCUAUUCUUCUCUACCAUUUUGUUUUAUCGUCUCUUCAUACUUAGGGGUCCGCCAUGUCAGAUCGAGUACAAAGCAUAGCACCAAACGCAUGGUACCAAUCUCCUUCCUAUUACACCCGCCAUCAUAGGAGAAAGUUUAUUAUUUUUUUUAGGGUGACUGACUGCUAUAGGGAAUGUUGUGAACAUUAAAAAAAACAAAAACAAAUUGGGACAUUUAAGCCCCGCCUGAGAAAUGCCCACUCUUUUUGAAAACCCCCACCUCCUUCUUGUGUAGCCCAAUUUUCUGUACUGUUGGCAAGUAUGAAGGCUGACAUUUCAUUCCAUUUCCCCCCCCCCCCCCAUAUGGGUUGGGGGUGGGGUCUCUGUUUCGGGACAUCUAUUUGACACUUAAAUGUAUUUGUUAUGGUAUUUUUUAUGUUCUUUAAACAAUAUUAGUCUCCAGGAAACAAAAAAAAUUGGUUACAAAAACAAAACUCAUCUAACUUCCUUUAGGGGAGCAGUUUAAAAAAAACAAAAAAAAAACAUGGUUUAAAACAUUGUAGAAAUCCUUUUUUUUUAAAUGGAGUUAGUUUUAAUUUGACUUUUUUUUUAUACUUAUUUUUAACUGUCAAAUAAAUGAACAUAUAUUGGUAAAAAAAAA